CCAGCUUUCAUACAAACCUUGAAAACAGUAUGGCGUCCAUCAGAGGAAAUGGACUCGCAUACUUGUAGGAACAUUGAAUGUACCACAACAAUACGGCGAUAUAUUCAACACAAUGCACAUAUUCGGAUGGCAGAUGCGUCUGUCGUCCUGUUGGCAAAGUGGACCUGAACAAAUGAUGAUCUUACCUACGUAAUGUAUAUUUACAGACACCAUGUUCGAGGAUAGAUCGGCUUAGUUGUUCUUGAUCAUCACACUACUAUUUUAUUCAGGAUUCGUAGGCUUAGCAGUGUACACAACAUGCCAUACAGUAUGCCAUACGUGUGGUUUAGGUACAUCUAAACCAUGAUCUACAUAGCAGAGUAUUGCAUAAACUGAGGACACUUGGUUUCGAUACAGUUUUGUUUUUGUGAACGACCUCUACUCCGUACUCGAUUCUGUCAAAGCUAGUACACACGUUCAAGAGUUGAAUGAGAGAAAGUACUAUUUGUGCCUAGAGACAUCACAGAUACUUACCUGAGACUAUGGAAUCAGACUUAUCAAUGACUUGUGAUCCGGGGUUGGGCGUCUCCCCAGACGUGUCUUCAGAUGACUGCAAACAUAGACAAGCUCAGUCAGAUUUCAAUCAAAUAACCGAACGCAGAGAGCGUCUUUGGGAAGGCUUCAUCACUAAAGAUAGGCUUGAUGAUGGAGAACAAGAAACAGUUGAUACUGAGUUAGGCACAGACUGUAAUGAGGACCUCUCAACCACUUUACAAGUGGGUUUUAUACAGAACAGCUACAACCAUGGUUCCUUCACAGAUAAUGUUACCAUGGUCACCCAAGAUGUGUGUAGUGACGGGCAGGUCAAAGAGAGACUGGAUCUCCAUUUGAGGUGGCAUGCCGGGGAGAAAGUGGCUAUAUGUGAAAUCUGUGAUAAGCUGUUCACUAAGCUGGAUUACUUGAAGAAGCAUGUGAAGGCCAUGCAUACUGAACAAACAGGGUUCAAGUGCCAGUACUGCAGCAAGGUGUGCAGCCUCAAGAACAACCUGCGCAUACACCUGCGCACACACACUGGUGAGAAGCCCUUCAGGUGUGAGGUGUGUGGUAAAACAUUCAGUCAGUCAUCACAGGUGAAGUCACACCUGCUAACUAACCACCAACAGUUGCAUAAUCCUGAUGACAGUGACAAAGGUGUGUUCAUGGUGGGGAGUGAGGAGGAGUCAUCACUGACAGCAGAUUGAGUAGUUUGCUCCACGCGCUUCUUGUAAUGGCUGUUGUGAACUGUGGUUUGUUGUGAUAUGAUUAUAAAUCUUAAAAUACUGUCGGAAAUGCUAGAAAAAUGCUUUUUGUCCGUAAGUUUGUCACAGACUGUUGCUAUUGUAAUAUCAAGUAACUAUCGAUCGACUUUCCUGUGGUUGGAAGUAUUUCAAUCAAAAGGAGUCCUAUCGACAAGUUUAAAGGAAAAAUUCGAACGAAAACAAUAAGUUCACAUUUAUUCUAAGCGCAAUGAUGGUAGUCUCAAACAGACUAUAGAAAUAUGCGCACGUGACUCCGUUAUAAUGAUAACAAUGUAGUCUUCAUAAAACAUCUAGUCUACACAAAAGAAAUCAUAUGGAGAAAAUUCUACAUGUGCAUCUUCUUAAAUAAAAAAAAAUGAUGCUGUGUUUGUUUUGUCAGCACUGCUCCCAUGAUGUAUGUUACUUUACCAUGUUUACACUUGCAUAGCCAUAGCCAUGGUACACGACAUGGAAUCUGUAUUGGGAAACUUGCAUAGCCAUAGCCAUGGUACACGACAUGGAAUCUGUAUUGGGAAACUUGCAUAGCCAUAGCCAUGGUACACGACAUGGAAUCUGUAUUGGGAAACUUGCAUAGCCAUAGCCAUGGUACACGACAUGGAAUCUGUAUUGGGAAACUUGCAUAGCCAUAGCCAUGGUACACGACAUGGAAUCUGUAUAGGGAAAGUUCUUUCACUUUUUAGAGAGAUAGAGGGUAACCAUUUAUAAGUUUAGAUAGGUCAGAACUGCCCAAGCCUAGGGUUUUUUCAAUUCAUACCAUCAAGUCUAUGGAUUGAUAAAUAAAACAAAAAGGUUUAAGGGCGGUCUCAAAAACGAAACCGGGACGUAAAAGGAUAUAGUGUAAAAACUUUAUGAGCAGAAGGUACCCCUGACUUGUAAAAUUUGGGAGGAAAUUAAAGAUACAAUUAAUGUUUCCCGGACUGCACUAAAUAUUGCCAAUUUCGAUACACUGAGCGUCCGAUGACCGGGCAAUUUUCAGGGGAAAAUAUUCCUUUUUGUCGAUGAGGUCACAUUAUCUCAGCACCAUUCAUCGCAGUCAGGGCUUCCAGAUCAUUUACUUUGAUGAAUCAUUCCACUGACUACAUGUGGCUAUCGGCAGAAGGACAAAAAGCCCCCAUGGUACCAUCAGGUUAAGGUAAUCAUGUCAUUGUUUUACAUGCCGCAACCCGUGAUCCGGGGCGUAUUGAUAGAUGUGUGCUAGUUUUCGAGGCCAAAAAGAAAACUGGUGAUUUUCAUAAGGAAAUUAUAUUAGGUGAUGUGUUCUUUGACUGGUUGGAACAUCAGCUAUUGCCGAUUUUAAACAACCCAAGUGGCAUUUAAUAUAACGUCUGGGAAUAAGAUAGUAUUGCCCAAACCAUGAGGCAAGCAUGCAGGAAUAUAUGUCAUUGUCAACUUCAGACCAUCUGAAACGAAAGUUCAACUUAUGGAGAAAAUUUGGCUAAAUAAGCAACCAGUAAAGCGGCGCAACACAGUCACGCUGUCUUAUGUACACCAGUCAGGCAUUGUGAGCUCAAACCUAUUGUGCCUAUCUUGUCUAACUGUAAAGGGUUUGUGGCAAGACCUUAAACAACAUUCCAACUCACACAUGUCAAACUCAGUCUUUGCUAGAUAUCAGCCUUGUUGAACCAGUAAUCAUACCUUUGGAUGUUAACAUGGUUAGAAUUGUUCAUAUUCGUCAUCAGGGGAGAUAGAUGCUACCUCAAGAAAUCAUCUGUAGAACAACAAAUACUUCUUGAUUCCCAAACCGCAAUCUUCCAAUACUCAUCCUGUUUCAUAGCUUUAAACUAUUUCAUCAUUUUUCCAAAGAAAUAUAAUCCAGUACAUAUCCUUAAUUGCUAUUUUAUCAACGCACAUGUCCAUUAAGUUCAACAACAGAAAUAUUUUGAGACCCCGAAUUCAGGUGACCUGUAAGAAUGCACAGGGCCGUGUGAGGUCAUCACCCCAGGACAGGUGUUAGGUAAAUUACCUCAGGUUCAUGGCCGUCUCAUACAUGUACAUGACAACACUCGAAUAUUUUCUAAGUUUAUCAUCAUUUUACCUGUAAAAGUACAUUUUAAGGGUAAUCACAGUGUCAUUUAGUUAGGCUAGAUUAGGUCAAUUUGUGUUACUUUGAUAUAUGCUAUUUUCAUAGCCCUAUGAUUUGUAUUUAAUUAAUGAUGCCAGAAAAGCAUUUUUAUAGCAUUUCCAAUCAUACUUUAGUUCACCUGGAUCAUCCAUAUUUGUAACACGAGGUGUGUGUGUGCUGCAAUCCUUUUGGACUUUUCACUGCAUACACACGGCAUAUACACAUGGCAUACACACAUGGAGAAUACAUUUUUUAUGAGUAUCAUGUCCAUAUUUGUAUUAACCAUGUUAAACUUUUUGUGUUUUCCAAUUUAUCUGUUAUUGAGCAUGUUCAGUAAUGAUGUGCUAUUAUAUUAUACAUAUUUGCCAUGUUAAGCAUGCUAAUCUCCACACUCCAUCUAGACUAUUGAAUCUGUACUGUUUAUGGGUCCUGAACAUUUAGUCCCAGAAAUACAUAUAGCUUGUGUAUUGAUUUGAUAAGAGCCUCUUUGUCAAUUGUCCAAGCGUCCUUGUUGUUAUUAGCAUGAUUAGUCACAUUACAGCAAACAUGAUCUGUAAAUGUGAAAGCUCUGAUGUUUCUGGGAGGGGAAUACCCUGGAACCUGAAAACAGUUAUUCAGAUAAUGUUUAUCUACCACAUGUUUACAUGUGUCCUAUGUUUUGGAUCUCUUUUGAAAUGUUAAAUACGAGGGCUGGCUGAAAAGUUCUAAUCCUAAGUGGGAUAUCUCAAUCGGAUUGAAACAAACUUUUGCCACCAACAAGUACAAUCAUUUAAUGAAUCAUAGACAUAAGAA